GCGUGGGGAUUUUGCGGAGGGGAGAAGGUUGGACAGGAUGGAGCUUGGGGAGACAUUUGGCGGGGAAAAGUGAGGAUUCUGCUCUAGUUCCUUCUUGGGAGCGAUGUGGCUUUCCUGGCAGAGAAGGCUGUUGCCUGUAAGAAAUGGAAGGAUCUUCAAGCCCUUCUGCAGGUUAUAUUGCCAGGCUGCAAAGAGGGACACCAUCUUUGCAUUGUCUUCAGGCCAAGGAAAAUGUGGAGUGGCUGUGAUUCGAACCAGCGGCCCAGCUAGCUGUUCAGCCUUGCUCCGCAUGACGGGGGCAAAGGAGCUACCACCUCCAAGAACAGCUACUUUACGUAGGAUCUGUGAUCCCAGCUCUUCUGAACUCUUGGACCGGGGCCUUGUACUGUGGUUCCCAGGGCCAGGUAGUUUCACAGGAGAGGACAGUGCUGAGUUCCAUGUGCAUGGUGGUCCAGCUGUGAUGAGCGGCGUCUUGAAUGCUUUGGGGGCGCUUCCUGAGCUGCGCUUUGCUGAGCCUGGAGAAUUCACCAAACGGGCCUUCCAGAAUGGCAAGCUAGACCUCACGGGAGCUGAAGGCUUAGCAGACCUGAUUCAUGCUGAGACGGAAGGCCAGCGCCGGCAGGCCUUACGUCAGAUGGACGGGGAAUUGGGUCGGCUCUAUCAGCGCUGGAGUGACACCCUCACAAAGGCCCUGGCUCAUCUGGAGGCCUACAUCGACUUCAGUGAAGAUGACAAUAUCGAGGACGACGUUCUUGCUCAAGUGGAAAACACCGUCGUGGCGUUGGAGAAGGAGCUGAGGGAGCAUCUGCAAGAUGGCCGUCGGGGGGAGAGGCUGCGGGAUGGGGUCCAUGUCGUGAUUGCAGGGCCUGCUAAUGCUGGGAAGAGCAGCCUGCUCAACCAGUUGUGUCAAAAGCCAACAGCUAUAGUCUCUCCAGUGGCGGGGACCACGCGAGAUGUGGUAGAGACUGCCUUGAACAUUGGUGGCUUCCCUGUGGUGCUAAGUGACACAGCAGGCCUGCGAGAGACCACAGAUGUGGUUGAGAUGGAAGGAGUGAGCCGGGCUCGGCAGAGGGUGCGUGAUGCUGACCUUGUUCUUGUCAUUCUGGAUGGGAAAGUAGCAGCUCAGCAGCCUGACCACCUGGCUCUCUCCCUGGUAGAUGUCCUGUCUCCCAACAAGCCAAAUGGGACGCAGCCCUAUCUUCUGGUUCUGAACAAAAUAGACCUACUUGGAGAAGAGGACCAAGCAGAUCUCCUGAUCACCUGUGACAGACGAGGUGUAGGCCCUGCCUACUUGUUGUCCUGCAAAACUGGAGAUGGGAUUGUGGCCUUCCUGAAUGCCUUGCAGGAACAGCUGGCACACAUGUGUGGCGACCCCCGGACUGGUUCCCCGAGUCCAACCCAAGCACGUCACCAGCUUAGCUUGCAGAAAUGCCUGGAGGCCCUGAGAUGCUUUGCUCAGUACCAGCCUACGGAUCUUGUGUUAGCUGCUGAGCAGCUGCGGCAGGCGCGACGACAGCUAGGACGGCUGACGGGCCAAGUGGGGACCGAAGAGCUCCUGGCAGUCAUCUUCAAGGACUUUUGUAUUGGCAAGUGAAGGAGACCCUCAAGCUAAGAACGAGUCAGCAUGUGGCACCACCCAGAUGCUGAAGGUGGUUCUGAAGUUAAAAUGUUUGUGGAAGAUUAAGGGAGAGGCGGCCAUGCAAGCUUUAUUUAGGACAGUGUUUUUCAAACUUGGCAACUUUAAGAUGUGUGGACUUCAACUCCCAGAAUUCCCCAGCCAAGUUUGAAAAAACACUGAUUUAGGGUUGGAAGUUACACUGGUGAUGAGGAAAGGAUUUUUGCAGAAGGAUAAAUGAAAUGCUGAAGUGGUCUCUCCAAAUGAAGUAUUGGUCUCUCCCACUGAGCAAGUGGCUAAGUGGUUUGGCCAGCUUUGCAGCAUAAUAUCUUCUGGAAUAAAGUUUUCAACAAUCAUCUGAA